ACUAAAACAAAAGCAAAAUAUAACACAGUACAAAGAAACCCUACUUCUAUUUUCAUCUAAACCUCACAGCCUCCACCCUCUCAAGCCUCUUUGCAAUCACCAAAACUUGCUGCCGUCGCCGAUCUGUCAUCGCCGCCGCCCUUGCUGCCGUCGCCGAUCUGUCAUCGCCGCCGCCCUUGCUGCAGUCAUCGUCGCCGUCGCCGUCGCCCUUGCUGUAGUCGUCUCCGCCCUCGGAGCAGUCGGCUUCUCCUUCGCCGUUCAUCAGUUUUUAUUUCUUGCCAAUGCUAGCAACUCCCUUCUCUAAGUAAAUCGCAUCGUACCGGGCACUUCACCUCCAAUUUUCAGAUCAGGAAUAGUAAAAAGAGGAAAAAACAAUGGAGACAACACAAAACAAUCGACAGCAAAAGCAGUCGUCGCCCACUGUUUCUUCGUGUCGAAAGAAGAAGAAUGAGGAGGCGACUUUUCUAGAGGAUGUAAAGGAUCAUAUUGAUGAGUUUAUUCAUGCAUCUAUGCAAGAGCAUAAGAGUUGCUUCAAGAAUACCAUCCACAAGAUGUUUGGAAUGUCGAAGAUUGUUGCGCAGAGAGAGGCUAAUGUUGAGUCUAAAGAAGUCGAGAGUUCUUUGGCCCUUCGUACUGUAGUGACGGAGUAGAAUUUUUCUUUUUUCUUUUUUUACCGGGCAAAAUCUGGUGUAAAAAUUGUUAAGACUUUUAUUACUGUGAUUUCAGUUUCGAGUUUCUGUAAGUUGAAUAAGAACCAAGAAUAUCUUCAAAUGGAUAUAAUGUGAGUAUUUAUUUUUAUUAUAAUUAUUAAUUUUUUCUA